AUGUUUAUGGAACUAGCCUUUGGCCAGUUUGCUUCUCUUGGACCAGCGGCCAUUUUUGACCGAUUCUGUCCAUUGUUCCAUGGCCUUGGUAUCGCUAUGGUAUGUGUGUCAAGUUUAGUUGCCAUCUAUUAUACAGUCAUUAUUGCUUGGACAAUUCUUUAUUUGUUUUCAUCAUUUACAUCAGAACUUCCUUGGGAAACCUGCCAACCAGAAUGGAAAACACAAUACUGUUACUCAUUCCGGGAUGCAGAAGAAUGUGCCAAAAUCAACGGGAGUGUCUUUUAUAAUCAGACCUGUUUCAAUGCCACAACAGCAGCACGAGAAAAUCUGGUAGAACUUGCCAAAAAUGUCACAAGGCAUGCACCAGCCCAAGAUUACUUUGAACGUCAUAUACUUAACAUAUCAGAUAGCAUAGAACAUAUAGGUAAUAUCCGAUGGCAGGUUGUUUUAUGUUUGCUUUGUGCCUGGACUUUAACUUUCCUUUCACUUAGUAAAGGUGUUAAAUCCACUGGAAAGGUUGUAUAUUUUACUGCCCUUUUUCCGUAUGUUGUGCUGUGCAUAUUGUUUGUCCGUGGUGUCACACUUCCAGGUUCCGUCAAUGGCGUCAUAUUUUACCUGACACCACAAUUUCACAAGCUUAAAUCUGCAAAGGUCUGGAAAGAAGCAGCCGUACAAAUCUUUUUCUCACUCAGUCCUGCCUGGGGAGGACUUAUAACACUGGCUAGCUAUAACAAGUUUCAUAAUAAUUGUUUUAAAGAUGCCUUGAUAGUGUCAAUUGGAAAUAUAUGUACGAGUAUAUUCGCAGGUUUUGUUAUAUUCUCUAUCAUUGGUUAUCUUGCCAAUGAAUUAAACAUGCCUGUGGAUAAAGUAGUUGAUCAAGGUGCCGGACUAGCAUUUAUAGUCUACCCAGAUGUGGUAACAAGAUUACCUAUAUCACCGCUUUGGUCAUUUUUAUUUUUUUUUAUGUUGCUGACACUUGGUAUGGGCAGUGAGUUUGCCCUUUUGGAGACAAUCAUGACAGCUGUACAAGAUUUAUACCCUGUGCUGAGACAGAGAAAAACAUGGGUUGUACUGGCUGAAUUUAGUGCCCAAGAAUUCAUCAUUGAAAUUGAACUUAUGAUUGGACAGCAAGGAAGAACUUUUCACAAAUACUUUUCCCUUUUCUGGAAAUACAUUUCUCCAGCAACAUUAACGUUUUUGAUGAUUUUUAACUGGAUUCAGUAUACACCUUUGAACUAUGGCGAUUAUGUCUAUCCCGGUUGGGCCAAUGCAAUAGGAUGGGUGAUGGCCUUACUACCACUAAUGAUGAUUAUCUUCAUCGCAUUGUUUCGAAUGUUUACAAUGCACACAGAACUUCCUUUUAAACAGGUUUUUAAAUUCAUUGCCCGAACACCUGGUAUCUUAGUCUUUUCUUUUCUUUGUUGGCUGCCUCAUCAGCAGAGUAUGGGUGGUUGGCUCAUCCACAGAGUAUGGGUGGCUGACUCAUCAGCAGAGUAUGGGUGGCUGGCUCAUCAGCAGAGUAUGGGUGGCUGGCUCAUCAGCAGAGUAUGGAUGGUUGGCUCAUCAGCAGAGUAUGGAUGGUUGGCUCAUCAGCAGAGUAUGAAUGGCUGGCUCAUCAGCAGAGUAUGGAUGGCUGGCUCAUCAGCAGAGUAUGAAUGGCUGGCUCAUCAGCAGAGUAUGAAUGGCUGGCUCAUCAGCAGAGUAUGGGUGGCUGGCUCAUCAGCAGAGUAUGGGUGGCUGACUCAUCAGCAGAGUAUGAAUGGCUGGCUCAUCAGCAGAGUAUGGAUGGCUGGCUCAUCAGCAGAGUAUGGAUGGCUGGCUCAUCAGCAGAGUAUGGAUGGCUGGCUCAUCAGCAGAGUAUGGGUGGUUGGCUCAUCCACAGAGUAUGGGUGGCUGACUCAUCAGCAGAGUAUGGGUAUGGCUCAUCAAUGGGUGGCUGACUCAUCAGCAGAGUAUGAAUGGCUGGCUCAUCAGCAGAGUAUGGAUGGCUGGCUCAUCAGCAGAGUAUGGAUGGCUGGCUCAUCAGCAGAGUAUGAAUGGCUGGCUCAUCAGCAGAGUAUGGAUGGUUGGCUCAUCAGCAGAGUAUGGAUGGCUGGCUGGUAUGAAUGGCUGGCUCAUCAGCAGAGUAUGGGUGGCUGA